AUGGAUCGGUCUUUAGGACCCCAUUUUAAAAUCCCAGCUAGUUUUGUUUCUGUUAUUGUCUUAAUAUCAGCACCCAUUUUUCUCACUUUUCUUGACAGGGUGCUCUUGCCAUGUUGGCAUAAGAUUACCGGCAAAUCACUUAUGCCGCUCCAGCGAAUAGGAGCAGGACAUGUGUUGACUGUUCUUGGCAUGGUUGUCUCUGCUCUUGUUGAAUCAAAGAGACUCAAAUUAGCACAUGUGCAUAAUGUUUCCAUGUCCGUGUUAUGGUUUUUUCCACAAUUAGUGUUGGUUGGUAUUGGAGAAGCUUUUCAUUUUCCUGGACAAGUUACAUUCUAUUAUCAACAAUUUCCACAAUCACUUAAGAGCACAUCAACUGCAAUGAUUUCAAUGCUUAUAGGAAUUGCUUUUUACUUGAGCACUGCUUUAAUUGACCAAGUUCGUAGGAGUACUGAUUGGUUACCUGAUGAAAUAAAUCAUGGCAAGGUUGAUAAUGUGUAUUGGAUGUUAGUCGUGUUUGGAGCUAUCAACUUUGUGUAUUAUUUACUGUGCUCUAUUUCUUACAAAUAUGAAGAUAUUUAAGAAGAUUUGAAAUGAUGAUAAAUGAUAUUGUUAUGGUUGGAAUAAGUGAUAAUGAUGAUACGUUCUUCUCUCCUACAUUCUAUGAAAAAGACUGUCAAGAUAUGUAGCAAUUCUUAGUGACUUGCACAACAAGUUACUGAUCUAACAAACAUUGAUGAGGCUAGUUAGCGUGUUGUAAUUAGUUACAGUUAGUAAACCAAUGUAGAAAGUUAGUUAGAGUACUGUUACACAUCUAUGUAGCUAUAAAUACAUGUAUGAUGUCACAUUGUCACUUAGAUGAG